AUGGAGAAAAUGAAGAUUGUCUGGGAGGUUCCUCAUCAUGCAACAGUGCAGAGUGUCACCACGGAUUAUCUUCGUGCGAUUGUUGAUCGUUUCGAGUCAGACCUGAAACGCCAGACCGGGGGGGCUUUCAAAAACAUGAGCUUUACAUACAUCAUCACGGCGCCCGCAAUUUGGUCGGAUAAAGCCAAGCUAGAAACUCUGAACUGCGCAGAGAAAGCUGGGUUUGAGUCUCGUGUUGCACGGAAACAUUAUGGGAUGGUAAAAAACGUGAAAUUCAACGCCCAAUUUCACGACUCAGAUCUCAAGUGA